GAUUCAGAUACACCUAAACCAGAUAUCUCCAAACGAAAACAAAGAAAGAUGGCAAGAUUAUCAGUAGCCGAAUUAAAACGAUUAGUUAAAAAACCAGAAGUAGUAGAAUGGGUAGAUGUAGCAGCACAAGAUCCAAAGUUAUUAGUCCAACUUAAGAGUUAUCGAAACACGGUACCUAUUCCGGCACAUUGGAGUCAAAAGAGGGAUUAUUUACAGGGUAAACGUGGGAUUGAAAAACCUGCGUUUCAAUUACCAAGUUAUAUUGCCGAUACUGGAAUUGCUACUCAGAGAGAUGCUAUUAAGGAAAAAGAAUCAGAACAAUCUUUAAGACAAAAGACAAGAGAAAGAGUUCAACCUAAGAUGGGAAAGAUUGAUAUCGAUUAUCAAAAGCUUCAUGACGCAUUCUUUAAAUAUCAAAUCCCACCCCCGAUGACAACUUUUGGUGAAAUGUAUUACGAAGGUAAAGAGUUUGAAACGAAAUUAAAAGAAAAACGACCAGGAGAUUUAUCAGAAGAUUUAAAAGAAGCUUUAUCGAUCCCUCCAUUGGCUCCACCUCCUUGGUUGAUUGCCAUGCAAAGAUAUGGUCCACCUCCGAGUUAUCCUAAUUUGAAGAUUCCAGGUUUGAAUGCUCCUAUACCUGAAGGUGCUCAGUGGGGUUAUCAUCCGGGUGGAUGGGGUAAACCUCCUACAGAUGAAUAUGGACGUCCAUUGUAUGGUGAUGUGUUUGGGCAGGUACCAAAGUAUGAUAACGCGUACGGAGAACCGGUUUCGAAAGAAUUCUGGGGAGAAUUGUUAUCAGAUGAAGAGGAAUCAGAAGAAGAAUCCGAAGAAGAAUCAGAUGAAGAAACAGGAGGAGCAAGUCAUCAACCAGAAGGACUUCAAACCCCUACUGGAUUAGAAACCCCAUCUGGAUUAGCCUCGAUUACUUCGACGGUACCGGGUGGAUUGGAAACACCUGAUUUCUUGGAAUUACGUAAGAGAAGAGAAGGUACUGGAAUGAAUGAAUCAGAUGGAAUGGAGAAUGGAGCUCCUAAGAGUUUGUAUCAAGUGAUACCAGAAAAAGAAAGUAAAGUCACAGGUUUUAUGGGGAGUGAGAGAGUUUAUGAUGUUAGGGGGAUUUCUCAACAAGGUCAUAAUGUUGCGAUGUUGGGACAAGAAGAUCGAGGGAAUAAGCGUAAACAAACUGGAGUAGAAGUCACAUUAGAUCCAUCUGAAUUAGAAGGACUUUCAGAAGAAGAAUUAAGACAAAGGUAUGAAGAAUCUAAACAGAGAGUGAAUUUGAAUGGAUCGAUUGGAAAUCAACAAGGUGGUAGAGAAGAUUUAUCUGAUUUGGUGGCAGAAGAAUCGGCUAAGAGGAAUAAAAGAGACGCUGGAGUUGGGAAACAUUCGAAUGGUAAAGAAAAAGAAAAGUUUAGGUUUUGA